AUGUCUGGGCAGGGAGAUCGUUUUAACAUAUUUCCAUCUCGGAUGGCGCAAACAGCCAUGAAAGGAAGACUUAAAGGUGCUCAGAAAGGUCAUAGACUGCUAAAACGUAAGGCAGAUGCUUUGACCGUUCGUUUCCGUAGCAUAUUGAAGCAAAUAAUUCAGGCGAAACAAGCAAUGGGCGAAGUUAUGAAAGAGGCUAAUUUCUCACUUGCUAGUGUUAAGUUCACAACAGCAGCAAAUAUUAACAGCCUAGUACUUCAAAACGUUACUAAGGCUCAGAGAAAAGUCAAAACAGAUAAAGAAAAUGUUGCAGGUGUGCAGUUGCCGGUUUUCAAAGUCGUUGUGGAGGGAUCUGACACAUACGAACUGACAGGUUUAUCUGGUGGUGGUCAACAAAUCGACCGACUAAAAAAGAACUACAGCAAAGCUGUUGAUUUAUUAGUUGACUUAGCAUCUCUUCAAACGUCUUUCAUUACUCUAGACGAUAUCAUAAAAGCAACUAAUCGUCGAGUGAAUGCUAUUGAAUUUGUUAUCAUACCGAAAAUUGAACGUACACUGAACUAUAUCACACAAGAACUGGAUGAACGCGAAAGAGAAGAAUUCUAUAGAUUGAAAAAAGUUCAAGAGAAGAAAAAACGUAAUCGUGCCCUUAAAGAAUUAGAAUUGAAAUCUAAAGGAUUUGAACUAGCCUCAGCUGACCAUGCUCCGAAUAUUUUAAACGAAGAUGAAAAUGAAGGACAAAUUCUUUUUUAAUUUAUGUAACAUCUUUUGUUACAUUAUUGAAGCCGAC